AUGCCUCCUCAUCGCGCUCAACAGCGACCACCCUCCCUCGGCCUCAUCUCCUCCGCGUCCCCAGCCCGCCCCGUCUCGACGUCCCCCCUGCCCUCACAUCGUCACUCACAGUCUCCCUUCAGAUACGUCCAUCUUCAGCCAGCGCUGGAUGAGAAAUCCCGACACAGAGAUGCUGAUGCUCAGCUAUCAACCUUGCCCGCUUUCCGCCACCCGCUCUCGAUCUCGCAAUCGCCGACGCUUCCUCAUUCGGCAGGCCCGACGGCCGCCCAUGGCCCGCAGGCAGCCCCAGCAUCCCCCGCAACCUUAUAUCCUGCUUCUCCGAGUUACCAGCAGCGUGUUCCUUCGUCAAUGUUGCACCAGAGUGCUCCGCUACGUAUGCCAUAUCACCAGCGCUAUCCAAAUCCAGUGCUAUCGCAACCAUCACCACCAUCAUUUUAUACUCGCCCUCGCUCUCUGAGAGUGGCUAAUUUAAUCAGACCUUGGCUUCCUCUGAUCCUGUAUGGUAUGACGAGUCUCGUAUUCGUAGUCGCAAUUGCUUUCUAUAGGACCGAGCUCUUCACACUCCUCGACGAUCUGGCUGUCUGGCUACGCGCGGACAAGCAGUUUGGCCAUGCCGUUCUUUUCAGUUUAAUCUUUCUCACCACGAUCCCUCCAAUUCCAUUGUACUCUACGCUCAUUAUCUUAUCUGGCUAUACGUUCGGUCCCUGGACCGGCGCUAUAAUCUCCUACACUGCUGCUCUCGCGGGAGCAAUUACUGUAUUCAUAAUAUCUCGCACCCUUCUUCGAGACACGAUCUCCCGCUGGCUCGCAUCGACAACGACGAUCAAACGUGUCGUCCGCGCCAUAGAGAAGAGGCCUAAAUUACUAUUCCUCAUCCGGCUCGCACCGUAUCCGUACAAUGUCAUGAAUUGUCUCCUAGCAGCCUCACCCUCGCUUACAUUACGCACCUACACGAUCUGCACCGCACUUUCCUUGUUUAAAGUCAUCAUCCACACCGGCGUUGGUGCGUCGAUCCACUCGUUCAGAGACUACCAUGUGGUGGAUCCUGAUGCCUCGGGGAACGGGCAGACGCCUAUUAAUGGAGAGCAGGAGGAGAGCAGCGCGGAUACGGUUGCUCGAACAUGGACCAUCAUCGGCGUUGGCCUCUGCGUUGCCAUCCUCGUCUAUCUCUCCAUUGUUGCACGCAAGGCAGUAGACGACGAGCUUGAAGAAGAGCAGUACGGCGACAGCGAAGAGAGACUUGCAUUUCUCUCUUCGAGCAGCAUCUCGCACGACUCUGACCUGGAAGUGGGGGCGUCUGAACGGGCAAUGACGGAGACCAGUAUCAGUAACGGAGGACAGGUAUUCCUACUAACUCAACCGCGUCAACAGACUUUGUGA